CGGGCCAAGUAGGGAAACGAAGUUUUAAUUUUAGUUUAGGUUUUUUUCUUCAAAAAUCUAACCAAAAGAGGUAGAGAAAGGAUACACAGUCUAGUUAUCAGCAACAAUAUUUAUUAACUAUUACCAAGGAAACAUCAAAGAGUGAUCUUGUAUUCUUGAAACAUUGAUAUGUAUGGAUGUGUCCGUUUGUCCAUUUGUGUUGUCUUCCUAUCUUGCGUAUACAGUAUUGACAUUAAUUACCCGCGCGAGACUGAAUUACAAACGGAAGCUCAACAGUUAUGGGGUAACCCAUCAAAAUACAUACCAAAGCUGUGGGCGGACUUCAGACGGACGCCCGACCGGUCGUCCGUCCAUGAACGUGAUAUCUUAUUUCCGAAACCUUUGACAAGCUGGUUACACUUCCCAGACACCAGGCCUGGCAGUGUGGAUGACGGUCAAAGAUAUUUCGAUACCACCAUGGAGACGGAUAUAGGUUCUGGUAAACAGGAUGUUCGUAUUAACGACCCUGACGAGGGGAUCAGUCCCGGUAUAGCUGACGACGUGGUAGACAGAUUGGGUAUCAAAGAACCACAUCUUGACCACUCCAGUGACCGUCACAAGAACGCCAACACAGAAAUUAACUCCUUAGGCGUGUCACAGAGAGAUAUUAACAUUGCCCUUGACAGUUGGCAUGUUAACGAACCGGAAACAGAAUUGUCUAACUUCGCACGACCAGCCCUUUUGAAGCGCGGAUAUAAUGACAUAUCUCCACAGUAUGACGGGAGUACUAGUAUGCGCUUCCGGUCUUGGGGAAGAGAUGCUGAAUUUAGGUUAAACCGUUUCCGUCCAAGUUCAUCGAGACGACGACUACGACGGCCAACAGUUUCCGUCACAGUGGACGGAACAACCUUAGACCCGGAUGUACACUUUACACAGAAUAUCACACCAGAACCGGAUAUGUCUGUGUUCAGGGCUCUUAUGUCAGCAGCUUUAACAUUUAGACGACAUCGCGCAGGCGCAGAAAAUCCGUUCAAUGUCAUGUUGGACUGGGAUUAUGAGAACGAAUGUGAAGCUAUUGUUGAUAUUUUUGGGAUGUCGAACUCUGAUGAUCAUUUGUGGAGGAUACACGUUCGUAGACGUCGUGGUCAGGUUGUGUACCGUGGAGUGUGUUUUCCACCAGAACGAGUUUUAGUCCGCCCGGGUACUCGGGUCAUCAUCCAGUACAGUUGACAGGCUUAACGCGGGAACUUCUAAACUACACUUUUAUUAUAUAUUUUAACAUCACAUAUCAUAAAAGGUUAAAUUGUAAAGAUCGUAUAACGGGCGCGUAUCAUACAUUCUGUAUGAUUUAGUUUGUUUUCUCAACUAUUCUUCAUUGUAUGCUGU